AAGCGGUGUGCGCAACAGGCAGUAGCCAGAGCAGCAGUACGGUGUGUGGAGAAGACACUUCAUUUGUCGUAGCUCCCGGGAUAUAUUGAGAAUCGACUUCGUUGUAUCAGGGUCGACAUUCCAAAAUCAAGGUUGGGAUUGCGAUGCAGCAACGCCGGUAUUGCGGUGUCGCGACGGUGGUCGUGAUGCUAGCUAUCGCCGGCGCCGACUCUCCUGGGGAAGUAGACGGCAGUCCCGGGAAAGCUUCGUCCAAACUCCUGACCAAGCAGCUCUUUGGCUCAUAUCCCAGAGCAAAGAUGCAUUUGAAGGGCAGCAACAGCGCCAAGACCUGAGUUGCUGAUUCUUCGGCUAGGCUGUCUACGAAAUCCUCGCUCUCGGCACCGCUGCCGCUUCACGGCGGUGUCCAGGGCUCGGAUGCUAAUCAAGAGAGUUUGUUCAAACACGGCCCUUGAAAAAACUUGCAGCUCGGCGUGUUUUUUUGGACGGUGUAAGUUCAAGGUGUUACUCCGCGGGAGGCUGCUGCAUGAUCGUUGAUCUCAUCUGCUUCUCAGAAAGGCGUGGUGAAGGACAGAACUUGUCGACAAAAAUCGCUGGCCAACUUGCGACCGUUCGCUCUUUGACUAAAUAGUGCUGAAUGCACUACAGUACUGUAGACCAGACCGACAGGGGAUGUGUUAGCAUGUUCUCCUUCAUGAUGGGUGCGUGCGAUUGAAGACAAGUCGAUCGGUUUGAGUGUGGUGUUGUGGGGUUGAAGGCCGAAAAAACAAGUGCACAUGCGUAAGAACAAGCGGUAUUUCCUGUCUGUCUUGUUUUAAAACCUAAUUUUGGUUCGCUGAAAAGAUUGUUCCCCAUAGCAAUAGGUUUUUCAGUAGGACUCGUUGUCAAAGAGGGCAAGAACAUGUGGUUCGUACACGGAUGGGUUUGUCACGUUAGAAGUACGUGAUACACUGCUGUGUGUUGCAGAGACCUCCUCUCUUACGCAGGAUUUAAAGUUUGCCCUUUGUCGUGUUUGGUAUUGACAUUGACGCAUGCAAACCACGUUUCUUCGCAGGUCCGCGUACUUCGUGGGGCAUUCGUGAUGGGGACUGAGUACACAGGUGGGGGUGAGGGAGCUGGAGCUCCCCCAGACGGGGGUCUUCCGCACACACAAGUCGCGGUGGGGCAGUUCAACAUCGAUGAACACUGCGUGACAAACGAGCAGUUCGCUAUCUUUGUGAAAGACUCGGGGUAUGUGACUGAGGCCGAGAAGUUCGGGUGGAGUUUCGCGCUCGAGUAUAUGCUUGAUGCAGAGACGAUCAAAGAGGCGGAUGAAGGUAUCGGGCGGGUGAAAGGCUCAGAGCACUGGGUCGGGGUGGAAGGUGCGAACUGGCGACAGCCAGAGGGACCAAGGUCUUCGCUCAAGAGCAGGGGGAACGUGCCUGUGGCGCAGGUUUCGUGGGUGGACGCUGACGCUUAUUGCAGCUGGGCUGGCCGGCGAUUGCCUACCGAAGCUGAAUGGGAGUACGCAGCUCGGGGCGGUCAGACACUCGCGUCCGAGCACGUGGGAGACAAGUCCACGAAAAUGUGGCUCGUGGGCAACUCCUGGCAGGGCCAUUUCCCAAACACGAACUCUGUUGAAGACGGGUACGCAGGGCUCGCUCCGGCAACUGCUUUUGCACCCAACGCCCUCGAGGUUUACGAUAUGCUGGGAAAUGCUUGGGAGUGGGUUGCGGGCGGCGAUCCUACCCGCCGAACUCUUCGUGGCGGAAGUUUCGUUGAUUUCGACCCAGUGGCCGCCGAGAAAAACAACGGGAGUAGUGGGAUCCCUCGUCAGCCAGCAAAUCACGCCAUAACGCCGGGAACACGGAUGGAAACGACCCAAGAUAGCGGUAGCGCAAAUACGUCAUUCCGCUGUGCGCAAUCCCCUUUGAAGUCAGGCGGUACUUCGCGAAAGGAGGCUAGCAGAGAAUCUUCCGGUGACCAAGAACUUUAAGCUCAAAGUUUUCAUCUUCAAUUGCAUAUUUUCGACGUGCGAGCGGGGCUAUUGACCACUUUCUUUGCGACGACAGAACCGUGCUUUUUUGGCAUAAUUUCUCAGUCAUUCCUG